AUGAAGAGAAACUUUCUCUCUCUUAUUUUAAUAAUUUUUCUUGUCUCUAUUUUAGAUUAUCCAUUACGUUCUCCAUCCAGCACCAACAUUCAUCCGAAUGCUCGAUGGCAACAAAAUGGUAUCACUGUAACUGGAGGAAAUCGACAAGGCAAUGAAAUCAAUCAACUCUCAAACCCAUGUGGUUUGUAUGUUGAUGAUGAUCAAACAAUCUAUGUUGCUGAUACAUCGAAUCAUCGUAUUGUGGAAUGGAAACGAGGUGCAACAAGUGGCCAAGUAGUUGCCGGUGGAAAUGGACAAGGAAGUGGAGAUCAUCAAUUGGAUAACCCAACAGAUGUGAUUAUCGACAAAGAGAGAGAUAGUCUCAUCAUAUGCGAUUAUUCGAAAAGAAGAGUGGUUCGAUGGCCUCGUCGAAAUGGGACAAGUGGAGAAACAAUCAUCUCCAACAUCUCUUGUUGGGGUUUGACAAUGGACGAGAAUGGAUCUCUCUAUGUCACUGAUGAUGUAAAAAAUGAAGUGAGACGAUAUCGAAGAGGAGAAUCUCAAGGAACAGUGGUUGCAGGUGGCAAUGGAAGUGGAAAUCGUCUGGAUCAACUCUCUCGCCCACAAUACGUAUUCGUCGAUCGAGAUCAUUCAGUAUACGUAUCUGAAUGGGACAAUCAUCGUGUGAUGAAAUGGAUGGAAGGUGCAAAACAAGGCAUUAUCGUGGCUGGUGGUCAAGGAAAAGGAAAGGAUCUUACACAAUUGUCAUCUCCUCGAGGAGUCGUUGUCGAUCAAUUGGGCACUGUCUAUGUGGCUGAUUGGGGGAGUGAUCGAAUCAUGCGUUGGCCUAAAGGAGCCACACAAGGAAGUGUCAUUGUUGGUGGAAACGGUAGUGGAGGACAAUCGAAUCAACUCAAUGGACCCAUCGGUUUGUCAUUCGAUCGACACGGGAAUCUCUAUGUUGUCGAUUAUGGAAACGCUAGCGUCCAAAAAUUUGAACUUCAAUCCAAUCCAAAAUGA